AAUUCACAAACCUUCCUUCACAAGCUCUCUCUCUCUCUCUCUCCACCGCCCGAUCCAGCCCCCCCUGGUAAUGCCGUUGUCGCCAUCCACCGCCGAGAUCGCCGCUCACCGACUCCUCCUCUAAUCCUCGCCGUCCUCGUCGCCGUGUUUGCGGUUGCUGCAUUGGAAUGGGAGCGGUGCCGUCGACGCCGCGCUGGGGGAGCAGCUCCGCCGCGCGUCCGCUGGAAACGGCGGAGUAUCUGAUCGGGACAUUCGUCGGCGACGAGUCGUUUCCUGUUUCCUCCGAUUACUGGCAGAAAUUGCUUGACCUCCCUCUCAGUCUUCAAUGGCCUCCCGACCGUGUUCAACAAGCUUGCGAGGCUCUUGCACAAAACAACUAUAAAACCAGGCAUCUCGCAAAGCUUCUUAUCCAUCUGGCAUGGUGUUUACAAGAAGCUAUUUCAACUUCUGGUGGCCCUUCUUUUGUUUACGGGAAGGCUGUUAAUGCAGUGUACAUCUCAUCUGUCUUCUUAAAGUACUUAAUUGAAAAUCCAAAAAGCGACAAGUUGGAAGAGUUGUAUUUAUCUCUAGAUGAAAGUGAGGCAAUGCCAACUGAUAUUACAAGAGGUCUUAACAUCGGGGAUUUCAUAAUGUGUAGUGUGUUUACCUUUAUUGGAUCAAUAGAUGUAAGUCCUGAUACAUACCUCCUUCACUUGGAACUGCUUAACUUCAUGCUGAUUGCAAUGUCAACUCAGCUUCUUUCUGGGCCAUCCCCAACACCAGAAGAUGUGAACCCAUUUCUUGAUGUAGCAAUGUCUCAGGAAAGCUCUUUGGUUAUCUUGGUUGUUCGUAGACUGCUACUCAACUACAUCAAUGGACCUUCGAUACCCCUGAAUAGUGCAUCUUAUUCUAUAUUUUCUGAAGGAAGCCAGCCUGGUGUUAUACAAAGAGUUAGUUCUGCAGCAGCAAAUUUGAUGCUGUUACCAUUCAACUUUCUCGUCAGUUCGAGUGGUGAAGGCUCAAGAAGUCUUUUGGCUGACUGCAGUCUCCAUGUGCUACUUAUUCUCACUCAUUAUCGUAAAUGUGCUGUGGAAAACGAGUCAAUAACAGUUAAAACAAAUGAUACCACUACUUCAAAUCCGCUUUUAAAAGGGAGUAGAUAUUUUUCUGACAACCCUUUCUGCAAGGCCUUGGAACAUGCGACCGAUGUUGAAUUUGAUCGUGUAGAUACUGAGGGCAAUGCGCAUAGUGGUCCAGUUUUGAGGUUACCUUUUGCUUCCCUGUUCGAUGCCCUUGGAAUGUACUUAAUUGACGAGGCUGCUGGACUUUUGCUUUACUCUUUAUUGCAAGGAAAUGCUGACUUUCUGGAGUAUGUCUUGGUGCGAACUGAUUUGGAUACACUGUUGAUGCCCAUCCUGGAAGCUUUAUAUGAUGCUCCAAAAAGGACAUCUAAUCAAAUCUACAUGUUGCUGAUCAUACUUCUCAUACUUAGUCAGGAUUCAUCUUUUAAUGCAAGCAUUCACAAAUUGAUACUUCCUACUGUUCCCUGGUACAAAGAACGUCUCCUCCACCAGACAUCUCUCGGUUCAUUAAUGGUCAUUACCCUGAUAAGGACUGUGCAGUAUAACCUAUCUAAGUUACGGGAUGUUUAUCUCCAUACAACUUGUCUAGCAACUUUGGCAAACAUGGCACCUCAUGUCCACCGCUUGAGUGCAUAUGCAUCGCAGAGAUUGGUCAGCUUAUUUGAUAUGCUUUCUCGGAAGUAUAACAAACUAGCAGAGGUGCGUAAUAAUCAGUUGACAUCAGCCAAAGGCAAUUCAAUAGAAGACGAUACUUCAACAGAGAUGCACAUAUAUACCGACUUCUUGAGACUUGUCCUUGAAAUAUUAAAUGCAAUUUUGACAUAUGCUCUGCCACGGAAUCCCGAGGUUGUAUAUGCGAUAAUGCACCGGCAGGAAGUAUUUCAGCCUUUCAGGAAUCAUCCACGGUUCAAUGAACUGCUUGAAAACAUCUAUACGGUAUUAGAUUUUUUCAAUAGUCGCGUGGAUGCUCAGAGAAUAGAUGGAGAAUGGUCAGUAGAGAAAGUACUUCAAGUCAUAAUCAUUAAUUGUAGAUCAUGGCGUGGUGAGGGGAUGAAGAUGUUCACCCAGUUGCGAUUCACAUAUGAACAGGAGAGUAAUCCAGAGGAAUUCUUUAUUCCAUACUUGUGGCAGCUAGUACUAUCUCGCUGUGGAAUCAAUUUCAAUCCUGGAGCCAUAAAUUUGUUUCCAAUUAAUCAACCUGCCGAGAAACAGAGUGAUUAUGAAGUGGUGUCCGACAAUCAUGUAAAUGGAGAGGUGGCCAAGCAUGCAGUCUUUCUUGAUCCAUAGAUGGGAAAUGCCACAAAAGAUGUUGAGGUAUCUUGGUGGAUUUGUAAAUAUACUUGAAUAGUAGAACAUGUAUUCUUCUCAUUCUUUUCUGUUUAUACGUGUGCAACACUAGAGGCCAUAUAAGUAGAUGUAUCCCAAUAUCUUUGACGUACUGAAUAAGAGAAGAUGCUCAUUUCCAUCUUCUUUGAUGUACUUAUGUCAAUCUGAAAACGAGAGUUAAGAUUUGACCGA